CCUGGAAAUUAGGAAAUACGUUGGUGUUUGUAACAAGUCCCUCCUUUAGUUUAGCUAAACCACGGUUGCUGGUGACCAGAGCCUUCAACAGCCGCCUGUUCCAAACAUCACCACCAGCCAGCAGCGGGUCUGUCCAUCAAUGGCCGAUUCAACCGUCGUUACGCCGGGUCAGACUACAGAUACUGGAAAAGGUGACACUGCAGCAGGCUUGGACAAACCAGACUACAUCGCUUUUGUUCUGGUGCCUAUUUUCUUCCUUUUGGGCCUGUUGGGGGUGGUGAUCUGCCACGUGCUGAAGAGUAAGGGCUAUCGGUGCACCACCGAGGCCCAGGAUGGCGAGGAGGAGUGUGAAGAAGAAGAAAAGGAUCUUGAGCUGGGUGGAGACCUGAAUGACACCGUCAGUGAUAACAAUGACACAGUCGGACAGAUUGUCCGCUACAUCAUGAAGAAUGAAGCAAACUCAGAUGCCCUGAAAGCCAUGGUUCAUGAAAACAGCAUCGAUUCUGACGGUCCCCCGCUCACCCCCACCUCUCCCAGCUCCCCGACCCCUCCGAUGACCCCCAUAUCACCGGGGGCACCCCCAGGAGCCGCCAAGCACACCUGCAGCCACCUGCACACCAUCGGCGGCCCGGGCGGCAACAAGAACAUCUGCACCCGCUGCAGCCAGAAGAAAUGGCCGCUGAUGAGGAGGCCGUCGGCCCGCAAGUCGGAGCAUCGGCGCAGCCACCUCGGAGAGGUCACGGUCCUGGCCGUGGGCAGGUUCCGCGUAACAAAGUGUGAGAAGCCAGCCAGGGACAGGCGGACCCUGCUCAUAACAGACUCCAACGGGAGCGUCCCUACAUCUCCUACGGAGGUGGAGCCCAAGAGCCGGACGACGUCCGAGUCCCAGCAGGAGGAGACAGACAACUUGGACAAAGAGAAGCGAUAGAAAUCCAGACUUCCAAACAGAGGAGGAAAACAACAUCUGGACAUUUUGUGAAACCCAAACAAGAACAUUAUAACCUCAGCAGUGGAGGAGCGACGUGGCAGGGUGGACCCGGGGGGUCGUCCCUCCACAUUCCUGCUCCACACGGAGCCAAAAAGUGCUGCUGAUGAUGAGGACGGCGGUGGCGAGAGUGGCGUGUAGAGUCACGCUAGCCAGUUAUUUUUACAAGCAGAAGGGGGAACGGUGUGUCUGUUUAUGAUGCGCUCCAUUUCCUCCUCAAGCAGAUUUACAAUAGUGCCUUGCUCAAGGGCGUUAAAGCAGGGCAGCUGCUUAGCGUCACGGAAGCAUGACCCGUGGUUGAGGUCCAUGGUGCCGUUUUUGUAUGUGGAGGUGAAGAAGAAGUUUUUGCAUGUCGGCCAGUUAAUUGAUAACACUACACCCUCGAAACAGGUGCAGCCAGUAUGAGAUGAAAUUGUACGUCAUCGUUCCCAAACAGGAAGCAGGAACAACCUGACACGCAGGUCACAGAGCCAGGAAGUAGACCGGAGCGGGAGCAGAUGUGAUAAGAGCAGAGCGUCCUGUGGCGGCGCGAACACGAUGUCAGAGCGCUCCUCGUCGUCAGGAUGAUUAAGCAUCAUUGUCAGGUCGACGUCUCUGUAAUCUCCUGUCGUAGUGUUGAUUUUCCGGUCUGACCUCUAAUGCAGACGAGCAUGCAGUGUUCUGGGUCAAACAACAAAUUAGCUCUAAUAUUCAGACACGGGCGGCUCACUCAGCGACGCUGUUAUUUUGAUGUUAACAGCAAACCUCAGACCUGCGUCCUGAGGCAGGUCAGUGUGCUGCAACUCUGCACUGCCACAUUUUCCACGCGUCAGACAGGCUUAACUGCAUCUUUAAACCUGCUUUAAUUGUUAUUCUUGUGGAUGUAAACACAACAACAGCGAAUUAUCAGCUUUUUAACGUUGUUCUGGCGAAUGUGUGAGCAAACAGCAGACAUGAGCAGUCAUGUGGAGUCACGUCCACAUAUUCACUGUCCAAAACACGACAAAUUAAUUAAAACAAAGACUUUGUUCCAAAUUGGAGUCGAUUUGGAUAGUGUCUCAUGAAAAGAUGCAUUUGUUGCAUGAUGGGAAAUUUAAAAUCCAGUGUUUUCCAGUGUUUGACCCAUACUAGAGACUAAAAGCCGGUAUAUCUCAGCCUUUGCUGCUUUGAUUUUGAUCACUCUGUUUUUAAUCUAUCUCAGAUGAGUCCUGCAACUUUAAAGAUCAUGGUGAGGUCGGACAUGAUCAUGCAAAUCUGUAAUUUCCCCAGAUCUUUAUGAUCAAAACACUUUAUUUUAGACCUGUUUUUGUUUCAGCUCGCUGUCUGUGAAUGUCAUUUCAUUGUGCCUCAGUUUUUAAAAACCUUAAAAAAAGUAUUCAUAUUUUUUGACAGUUUGCUGUGUUUUUAUUGUGAAAUAAAAUAAAUAAAGCAUAUAAAAAUGACUAACACAUA